AAGAGGAAGGAAAAGUAAUUGAGCGUUUUGUUUAGAAAUAAGAAGGAGUGUUAGAUAAAUUGGUUUUCUGCGUUGUGUUCCUCCGCAAGCAUAUUAUACAUUAAGCACCGUCUUCUUCUGAUACUCUUUGGCAGUUCAAGCGAAAGAACGCAAAGUAAGGAGAAGAGUCCGUUGACUGAAGAGCCACUUAUUCCGCUGCUGUUUUCGGGCGCUGGGAUAAACUAGUUCUUCCACUGAAACGGUCGGAUAGUAUCAUUUUUUUAACCUCCUCUGGUCUUUUUUGUUCUCCCGAGAGAGGUAAUUAUGGCGCGCGAGAGGAGGUGUCGUCCUUCGCUUUGAUUCCCAAUAUUAAUAAUAACAAUCACAGUGACAGCCCGGGGGUGGGCAUACCGAAAGAAACUUACAACGGCGCUGGGAACCUUAAAGGAACUGGAAUGGACGAUGGAAUUCUCUGCGCCUCUGCAAUGAAGAGUCUUCUGGUCUCUCUCUUGCUUGCGAGCAUCACCUGCCGUCUGAGCCUUUCUCAGACUACAGCAGGGACACUCAAAGAGGCAGAAACAAAUGACAAUAUCACCAUAUUCACUAGGAUCUUGGAUGGACUUCUUGAUGGAUAUGACAACAGGCUCAGACCUGGACUGGGAGAGAAGGUAACCGAGAUUAAGACAAACAUCUUUGUCACCAGCUUUGGCCCAGUUUCAGACACUGAAAUGGAGUACACCAUUGAUGUGUUUUUUCGGCAAAGCUGGAAGGACGAACGACUGAGUUUUAAAGGUCCAAUGGAGAUGCUACCUCUCAACAACCUCCUUGCCAGCAAAAUUUGGACCCCUGACACAUUCUUCCUGAACGGCAAGAAAUCCAUUGCCCACAACAUGACCACUCCCAACAAGCUUCUGCGCCUGAAGGAUGAUGGCACUCUGCUGUACACCAUGAGAUUGACCAUCUCAGCAGAGUGUCCGAUGCAGUUAGAGGAUUUCCCCAUGGACGCCCACGCCUGUCCUCUCAAGUUUGGAAGCUAUGCCUAUCCUGUUUCGGAGGUGAUUUACACCUGGACGACAGGUGCAGCCAAGUCUGUUGUGGUGGCUGAGGAUGGGUCACGACUCAACCAGUACCACCUGAUUGGCCAAACGGCAGGAACUGAAGACAUCCACACCAGCCGAGGCCAGUAUACUGUGAUGAUGGCCCACUUCUACCUGAAGCGGAAGAUUGGCUACUUUGUGAUCCAGACGUACAUGCCCUGCUUCAUGACCGUGAUCCUGUCCCAGGUGUCUUUCUGGCUGAAUCGAGAGUCUGUUCCAGCCAGGACUGUCUUCGGUGUGACCACAGUGCUGACGAUGACCACACUCAGCAUCAGCGCCCGGAACUCCUUGCCCAAAGUGGCAUACGCCACAGCCAUGGACUGGUUUAUUGCCGUGUGCUAUGCCUUUGUCUUCUCGGCCCUGAUUGAGUUUGCCACUGUCAACUAUUUCACCAAGAGGAGCUGGGCCUGGGAUGGAAAGAAGGCAAUGGAGGCCCAACAGCCCAAGAAAAAGGACCCACUGGCUCUGUCGAAGAAACCCAACAAUGCCUGUUCAGUCGGAGGUGUAAAUUACACACCCAAUAUCACCAAGGAUACUGCCAUCGCCACCAUUUCAAACAGCUCCUCUGUUCAGCUGAAACCCACUGAAACCAAGGCCCUGGACCCCAAAAAGACCUACAACAGCGUGAGCAAAAUUGACAAAAUGUCCAGGAUUGUGUUUCCAGUCCUGUUUGGAACUUUCAACUUGGUCUACUGGGCCACGUACCUCAACCGAGAGCCGGUGAUCAAAGGAGCCGUUUCUCCAACAUAAAGAAUCCCUGUUCUCGAAACCGCGAACUUCAGCCAUAUUGUUCAACAACCUGGAUUGUCAUAGAUGACAAUGCCAAGCACUGAAGACUUGCUCCGAUCAUAAGUUGGGAGAACGUUCCUUUUUAUCAUAAGUUGCAUGAUUAAAGCUAGACGGAAAUACUAUUGCCAUGUUUGCCUUUACUGUUUAUACUGUAUAUUAAUCGACCAGGAUUUCUUAUAGAAUGUUGCAUUUUAUUCAAUGAAGCAAGAAUUUUUAUCAUCGCCAAUUAGUUUACCACUCCCACUGACCCCCUGGUCCACCACUACAUAGGAUUUGGCAUCUACAUUUUUUGUCAUUAAAUGAAAAUGCAUUACUGUAUGUUGGGAACAGAGCAGUAGAGCAAAGCCAAAUGCUAUGCAAUUCAAUGUUUUAUACUGUAUUAAUGAUAACAUUCUUUUGCUGUAUAAAAGUGGGCUUAAAAUAUCCAAUGUCUAAGAAUGGACUUGAAUGGAAUUGAAGAAUUUGGCAUUGAGCAGAAGAAUAUCCAUUUGCAAUGAGUUGCCUUCAGCGUGAACAAUUCCUACACGUGUGCGCAUUGGAAUUACUUGCCGUUUCUUUUGAGAAAAAAAAAAACUUUUUUCAACAAGUUUAUUUAUCAUUGUGCAACUUAUAAUCAUUUGACUGAUAACAAAAAUGUAUGCCAGCAUUUAGAUAGUUUGCUUCUAGGUGCAACAUGGGAAAAUAGAUUUUCUUAUAUAGUUUGCUAUAUAAGUAUGUGGGAAAAUACUUUUUUCUACACAGUAUAUUGUUUGGUUGUGGUUUUGACUUAACAGCUUUUUUGAAUCUAUGUAUGCAUUCUGCUUUUGGAUACGUCCAAUAAAAUGCAAUAGGGACAAAUCAGUAUAAAGAUUGCUGCCAUGCAAAAUGCAGUCUAAGCAACACAAAUUUAAGCUAAUAUAUGACUUUUGGAAAUAUUGAAAGAGUUAUGAGUACGUACUGUAUGCUUUGAGUAAAUACUGUAUGAUGCUGUUUUUAUUUUUGCUGCUACAUCAGCUAUCUUUAUUGAAGCUAUUUUACUGUCAUUAAUUGUUUUUAUAUGUACAUUGUACAUGGGUAUUUGUUGCUUAUUUACAUAUUUAAUAUAGGUUUUACUGGUUUCUGAGUGUGUACAUUUUCUUACCUUUCUCUUUAUGUGACAUGAUCAUAGACUUGAAGUUAGUUUAAGAUUUAAAAGUAAAAUGUGAUUUGGUCAUUGGCAACAAGGCGACAUCUACAGGUAUCAGCCGACAGAAAGAAGGCCACUCAAAUCAUAACUUCACCAAAUGGCUGAUUGCUUUGUCUACAUUACUUCUGGAGAAAAAGCUAGUAUGUUUAUUUACUUGCAAGACCUAGAUUAGAAAAUAUUUAAUUAACAUUCAUAUAGUCUUGCACCAUUGGAGAACUUUUUUAAGGGUCGGUCAGUGCCAAACUGAAUAUGAGAUACAAGGGAAAUGUUGAAGGGUUAGGGUUAGGAGUAAGAGUUAGUUCAGGUAGAGUGUGUCCCUGAAAGAUUACACAGUAUUUGCAGCUGAUGGAUUGUCAUGAGGAGUGCCCUUACAGAAAUGUAAUAUGCAAUAUAUUGGAAAUAUGUACAGAUUUUUAAAAAUAUAUAAUGGUUGAAUAUAUUUCAGUAAAUUCAAUUUCCAGAAUUGGCUAUACAGCAAUAUAUUGCAAUAUGUGGACAUUUUGGAAAACACAAUAUUAUAUAGAAAAACAGCAUGCUUAAUAUAUUUCAUAGCAAGGUAGUUUCAAAAUAUUUUGCAAUAAGUGACCAUUAUUUGCCCAUAUCUUUUAAUGUGUUGCAAAUCUUUAAAAUAAUAU